AUGACGAUAUCAUACGACGAGGAGUUCUCGUCGUUGAUGUUACGAUGGCGUGGGUCAUUGUGGAAAGCUGUGCUGAAGGAUCUCAUCGCUUUUUACAUAGGAUAUUACAUUAUUCUUGCUAUCCAGUGGUAUGUGCUGGAUGAAAAGCAGAAAGAGUAUUUUACCGGAUGGAUCCAUUGGUGUGAGAUCGGAUCGCAGUACAUUCCUUUGUCAUUCCUUCUCGGUUUCUUCGUCUCAGUAAUUGUGGCGAGAUGGUACGUUUAUGGCGCUUAA